AUGUCAGACCUCAGACCGAUAAGCCUUUGCUCUGUCCUCUACAAGAUUAUUUCCAAAAUUCUGGGAGCAAGGCUGAAACCAAUGAUGGCAGAUAUAGUGUCUCUAACUCAAUCUGCUUUCGUGGAAGAAAGAUUGAUUACUGACAACAUUUUGAUAGCCCACGAGAUGAUUCAUGCCUUGAGGACAAACGAGAAAUUUUCCAAGGAAUUCAUGGCCAUUAAAUCUAAUACGUCGAAGGCGUAUGAUAGAGUUGAAUGGGGUUACCUGAGGGUUCUUCUACAGGCAAUUGGCUUCAAUCAGGUCUGGAUUCAAAGAGUUAUGUUUUGCGUCUCGACGGUAACCUACUCGACUCUAAUAAGUGAUCAGCCUUUCGGAUGCAUUCACCCGGAGAGGGGUCUUCGCCAGGGGGAUCCUUUAUCCCCUUUCUUAUUUGUGUUAUGCUCAGAAGGCGUAAUUCAUCUGAUUGAGCAGGCUGUGAUCAAAGGGCUACUGCAGGGGAUACAAUUCUCAGAAAAUGGGCCGAUGAUACACCAUAUGUUAUUUGCUGAUGAUAGCUUGCUCAUCUGCAAGGCUUCUGGCUCACAAGCUACUGAAAUGAUGAAAAUACUAUCUGUCUACGAGCAGGCUACUGGUCAAAAAGUUAAUGUUGUGAAGUCAGCCAUAACUUUUGGAGCCAAAGUUGCUGAAAGUUCAAGAGAUUUGAUUAGACAGAUAACAGGGAUCGAAAAAGAAGGUGGAAUUGGCUCGUACCUUGGGUUGCCGGAAUGCUUCAGUGGAUCAAAGACCGAACUGCUAGCUUACAUCUAUGACAAGCUAAAGGAUCGGUUAUCAGGCUGGUUUGUCAAGCAACUCUCGUUGGGGGGAAAAGAGGUCUUGAUCAAGGUUGUGGCAAUGGCUAUGCCAGUGUAUGCAAUGUCAUGUUUUAAACUGACCAAGAAGUCUUGCGAAAACCUAACUAAAGCAAUGGCGGAUUUCUGGUGGAAUUUUCUUGAGCAUAAGAGGAAGAUACACUGGUUGAGUUGGAACAAAUUGAGUCUCACAAAUGAACAGGGAGGUCUGGGUUUUAAUCUAGCGCUACUGGCCAAGCAGGCUUGGAGAAUACUCAGUCACCCGGAGUCUCUAUUUUCCAGACUAUUCAAAAGUAGAUAUUUUGAGAAUACUGACUUCUUGAAUGCGAAGAAUGGCCCGCGACCAUCGUAUGCCUGGCGUAGCAUCCAGUUUGGAAAGGAUUUGCUGGUGCAAGGCCCCAGGAAACAUAUCGGUAACGGAUAUACGGUUUCAGUGUGGGUCGACAGUUGGAUAGAGGGUGAUGUCAGGAGAAGACCGCUGAUGAAGAAUAUAUUUGUGGACCUGCUACUGAAGGUGAGUGAUUUAAUCGAUCACCGGAACAACUGCUGGAACUUAGAGAUCCUGAAUGAAUUGUUCUGUGAAGAAGACAUCAGAAGAAUUCUACCGAUGAAAGUAGCCUCCUCUCAGGAUGAUUAUUGGGUCUGGCUACAUAAUAAGAACGGCAGUUAUUCGGUUAAAUCAUGUUACUGGUUCAUAAACUCAUGGAGCAGAAGGGAGGACAUAAGAGAAGCGGAAGCAAGACCCUCAGUGAAUGAACUCAAAAGCUCUGUCUGGAAAAUUGCAACAGCCCCAAAGAUUAAGACGUUUCUGUGGCGAGCGGUCAGUAAUGCGAUAUCUGUGGGUGAAAUUUUGGUCAAAAGAGGAAUAAGGAUGGAUCCCUGCUGUCAGGCUUGUGGGUUCCAGGGAGAAUCUAUCAACCAUAUCCUCUUUGACUUCUCUGUUGCUAGACAAGUUUGGGCGCUGGCUUAUGUUCCACAACCGAUGAAUGGAUAUGAUAAAACCUCACAUUUCUCUAAUAUCCACUACCUCAUGAUGCUGAUGAAGAACAAGGAGGUAAGCGAGAAGACAAGAAACAUGAUUCCAUGUAUUGUUUGGUACUUGUGGAAAACGAGGAAUGGGUUGAUCUUUGAAGGUAAAGCCUUCAUGGCAGUGGACCUCAUGGACAAGAUCGCAGAGGAAGCAGAGUUCUGGCUCAUGGCACAAAAACAUGAGAAGGAAGUGGAGGAGAAGGAGAGAACGAUGGAGGUUAUUCAGGAGAGGAGAUGGAUGCCUCCUAAUCGAGGGUGGCUUAAAUGCAAUAUUGGGGUUGAUGUGGACAAGGCGAAUCAAAGGAGUGGAGGUUCGUGGGUACUAAGAAACAAGUGGGGCAAGGUGAUCAUGCAUAGUCGUCGAGCUUUUUCGAACGUCGUCUCUUUGGACGAAGCGAAAUUCCAAGGGCUUCUAUGGACCAUUGAAUGUUUGAGAGCCCAUCAUGUGAGCCGGGUCAUAAUAGCCAUCGAUGAUGCGACCUUUCCAAAUGUAAUCCUGAGACCAAAAGCUUGGCCAAGCUUCACCUGCCAAUAUGUUGAGAUUAUAGGAAGGCUAAGAGAGUUGGAAUGGUGGAGGGUCAUAAGAGAAGAUAGAUCAACUAAUAGAAGGGCUUUCCUCAUUGCGCAGAGUGUCACAAAAAGAGGCUAUAGUCACUUUUAUGUAGCUGCAGGUGCGCCACACUGGCUGGAAGAGACUUUCCAGAAUGAGGAACCGCUGCCCUCUUCUUAGUUGACAUGUUUUGCUCUUUUGUCUGAUGAUUUUUUGGGUGUGAUCUUGGAUGUUGAUUUGAUCACUAGUGUUGCAGGGUAGAUGUUUUGUCUUUGUGGUUGGUUACAAAGAUUUUUUGGUUAGGGUAUACCCGGGAAGGAUUAUGCUGGUUGAUUGUUGGAACGUUGAAAUCCUCGUAUUAAUCCUAAAGAUGACAAAAAAAAAAGAUUAUACAUAUACGUCCUGUAUCAUAGAGGGAAGAUUGGUUGGCGGAGUGGAUGAGAAUGGGAUAGCAUACUACAAUAAUCUCAUCAACAAACUAAAAGCAAAUGGCAUAGAACCAUAUGUGACAUUAUUUCAUUGGGAUGUUCCCCUAACUCUAGAAGACGAGUACGGGGGUUUCUUAAGUCCUCGUAUAGUGGAUGAUUACAAGACCUACGCUGAACUUAUGUUCCAAAGAUUUGGAGAUAGAGUAAAGUUUUGGAUGACUUUAAACGAGCCAUACUUUUUUGCAACGAAAGGGUAUGGAGAUGGGUCAAAUGCACCUGGAAGAUGCACUGGCUGUGAAUUUGGAGGAGAUUCUGGAACGGAACCUUACGUAGUCGCUCAUCACCAACUCUUAGCUCAUGCAGAAGCUGUGUCCCUAUACCGUAAAAAAUAUCAGAAAUUUCAAGGUGGCAAGAUAGGGGCAACUUUGAUCGGGACAUGGUUCACCCCACUAAAUCAAACUAGCAGCCUU